GAGCAAGGAUGUCCAUGAGGAGCCCCGUUUCUCCCCACCUGGAGCUUGAUGGAGCGGGCAGCAUGGUGAACUGCACCAUCAAGACGGAGGAGAAGAAGGAGGGCGGCUACGAGUCCCCGCCGGGGGCUGCCCCCAGCACCGAGCCCCGUCCCAACGACCCGCCGGGGCCACCGCCGAGGGAGGGCACCGACCCCCAGGCCCUGCCGCAGGAGUCCCGCUCGCCCGCCGGUGAUGCACUGGAGCCCAGGCGCUCUGCCUUCGAGCCGGCCGUCAGCGGCCAGGAGAAGCUGGACUUCAACAGGAACUUGAAGGAGGUGAUGCCAACCAUCGAGAAGUUACUGUCCAGCGACUGGAAGGAGCGGCUGCUGGGCCGAAACACCGCCGAGUCCAAGGAAGUGAAAGGAACCCAGGAGAGCCUGGCAGAGAAGGAGCUCCAGUUACUUGUCAUGAUCAACCAGCUGUCCACGCUGCGGGACCAGCUCCUGACGGCCCACUCGGAGCAGAAGAACAUGGCCGCGAUGCUCUUUGAGAAGCAGCAGCAGCAGAUGGAGCUGGCGCGGCAGCAGCAAGAGCAGAUCGCCAAGCAGCAGCAGCAGCUCAUCCAGCAGCAGCACAAAAUCAACCUGCUGCAGCAACAGAUCCAGCAGGUCAACAUGCCCUACGUCAUGAUUCCCGCCUUCACCCCCAGCCACCAGCCUCUCCCCGUCACUCCCGACUCCCAGUUAGCGCUGCCCAUCCAGCCCAUCCCCUGCAAACCAGUGGAUUACCCGGUGCAGCUGCUGCACAGCCCCCCCCCUCCCACGCUGAAGAGACCCACCGGCUCAGGCCACCUCCAGAUGCAGGAGACCUCGCAGCCACUGAACCUGACAGCCAAACCCAAAGGCUCCGACCACCCCAGUGCCUCCAGCUCGCCCAGUUUGAAGAUGAGCGGCUGCCAGUCCCUCACGCCGAGUCACGGGGCCACCAGGGACCUGCAGACCAGCCCGUCCAACCUGCCUCUGGGGUUCCUGGGCGAAGGCGACGCCAUCACCAAAGCCAUCCAGGACGCGCGGCAGCUGCUGCACGGCCACAGCGGGGCCAUGGAGGGAUCGCUGAGCAACCCCUACCGCAAGGACCACGUUGGGAUUGAUUCUUCCCCAGUGAAGGAGCGGAUGGAGGAGCCCCCCGCCCACCGGCUGGAUGAGGCUCUGCUGAGCUGUGAGAUGGACGGCUCACGGCACUUCCCCGAGUCCCGGAACAACAACCACAUCAAGCGGCCCAUGAACGCCUUCAUGGUGUGGGCGAAGGACGAGAGGAGGAAGAUUUUGCAGGCUUUCCCAGACAUGCACAACUCCAGCAUCAGCAAAAUCCUGGGCUCCCGGUGGAAGUCCAUGACGAACCAGGAAAAGCAGCCCUACUAUGAGGAGCAAGCCCGGCUGAGCCGGCAGCACCUGGAGAAAUACCCCGACUAUAAGUACAAGCCCCGACCCAAACGCACCUGCAUCGUGGAGGGGAAGCGGCUGCGUGUCGGCGAGUACAAGGCGCUGAUGAGGAACCGGCGGCAGGACGCCAGGCAGGGCUACUUGAUAGGGCCCCAGGGCAGCCAGAUGCCCCCCGCUUCCUCGGACGUGCUGUACCAGCGGCCGGUGGGCAUGCAGCUGACGCCCCCCCUGAUGGAGCACUACCUGCCCCGCAGCAUGGACCCCAGCAUGCCCGUCAUCGUCAACACGCGCAGCCUCAAGGAGGGCGACGGCGGUGACGAUGGGCACUCGGUGGCCGACGGUGAGAUGUACCGCUACAGCGAGGAGGAGGACUCGGAGGGCGAGGACAAGAGCGACGGCGAGCUGGUGGUGCUGACGGACUGA